UUCUUCACUAGCUUCAUCCCUUUCUCUUUUCUUGCAUGCUCAUCUAGCUGCAACCAGAAGCAGCCACCAGCCGACCGGUGCAACCGUGACCCGUGCUAAAACUGGGUGCUGAGCUAGGAGAGCUAUAGCCAUGGACUCAAGCCAAACCCUCCCUCAGGGCCUAACCAGAGAAGAAUACGUGGAGCUGAAGCCUCUCAUUGACACAUACCAUAAAUUCGAGCCAACACCAAACAUAUGCACAUCCCUAGUAACGCAGCGUAUCGACGCCCCAGCUCAAGCCGUGUGGCCUUUCAUCCGGAGCUUCGACAACCCCCAAAAAUACAAGCACUUCAUCAAGAGUUGUAACAUGAGCGGUGAUGGCAGCGUCGGAAGCAUUAGAGAAGUCACCGUCGUUUCGGGUAUUCCAGCUUCGACUAGUACCGAGAGACUAGAGAUUUUGGAUGACGAAAAGCAUAUUCUAAGCUUUAGGGUUGUUGGAGGUGAGCAUAGGCUGAGAAACUACAAAUCAGUCACUUCGGUCAAUGAGUUUCACAAGGGAGGCAAAGUUUACACCAUUGUUUUGGAGUCCUAUAUUGUGGAUAUACCAGAUGGGAACACUGGGGAAGAUACAAAAAUGUUUGUGGAUACAGUUGUGAAGUUGAAUCUGCAGAAGCUUGGGGUUGUGGCAAUGGCUUCCCUUCAUGGACAUGAUUGAUAAGAUGAACAAGAUUAUUGAAGUUGGUGGAUAUGGGUAAGAUUCUCUUUGGAACUGUUCUUAGUCUGGAUUUUGGAAGUUGGAUUUUUCUUCCCUUUUUUCUAUUUAUUAAUGGGGUUUGACAGUUUGGGA